CUCGAGGUCCUCUUCUGUUAUGGAAACUGAGACGCAACUUGACAAAACAGAAGGUGUUUCCCUCAGUCCUGCUGCCACGAAAGCUCUUGUGGAGGACAUACCUGCUGAGGGUGAUGGAAGCAAUUCUGGCUCCUCACACCAAAUCUAGUGAUGGUUCUUCACCCGCCACAAAGGUUAGGGGUUCUAGAUUCUCUUCACGCAUAGCAAGCAAAAACUUUAGAACAGUUAGACCGAAUGAACUCAUCGAUCUAAGCCCAUACAAAGAGAAUACCCCUACACCCGUAGCCUCUCCUGCUAGGCAUGUUCAUGUUGAUGAUAUUGAGGUUGUUUUACUGUUCUGAAAUCUGCUUAGAUCUUGAAAUCUGUCACCAUAUCUGCCAGUUGCCAUUUUUGAUCUUUGUCUUUACAUGUUAUAGAGUGAUGCUGCUGACGUGCCCAUGAUUGAUGAUGAUUUGGAGAAUGAACUCCUUGCUCAGCUGGACAUGUUGAUGGAUACUCCAGCUAAAUCUGGAUCUGCCACAGAUGGUAAAGGGAAGGCAGUUGCUGAAGAAGUGGAUUUUGACAUCAACCUUCCUACUCAGGAGCAGAUUAGUUUUGCGAUCAUGACCUUGCAGGAGCUCCUUGAUGGUGGUCCCUCCCAUUUCUGCAAAGUGUCGAACCAGCCAACCGCCUUUGAAGCGGCUCAAAUCCUUAGCCGAGCUCCACAGUUAUCAUCAUCUCAACAAAAAUUCUAGGCAGACUUCACCACCAUUUACACCCAUUUUAGCAGAAAAUUUCGGGUACUUGAAAGCAAAGUAGCGGCUGCAGAUUCUGUUAGGAAGUCUGUAGCGGAUAUCACUGUCGCUGUCUUGAAGAAGAAAGAAGAAUUCUUGGCAGCAAAGGAGGCUCAUGUCACGCAAAUUACACAUGUCCAAGGGCUCAAAGAAAAAAUCUCUAACCUUGAAGCCGAGCUUUCAGAGUUGAGAAACCAAGUUCCUCUUGUGGAGCAAAGUGAGAAAAGUUUGGCAGAACAGAGAAACAAGCUCCGCGUAGACAUGAAAGUUGGUUUAAAAUCUGCUGCCAAGAUCAAGGAUCAGCUACCUUCCUUCACAGCCUCAGCAGAUGAAGCCGCCAACACAUGUGCUGAUCUGUCAUGGGGCCCAGGAUCCGAAUCUGACAUGGCUCAAAACUCCUCCAGCCAAUAAAAAUUUUACACGUGGCAUUAAUUUAAAAUUUUGCAAUUUAUGGUGUAAACAGGAUCAAAUCUAAAUCUAGAGAUACACUUCAAAGAUAUGAGUGUCUUUGUAUGCUUCAGCAGUAACAUCAGCAAAGUAUAUUUCAAGCAAAACUUGUCAUAAUAACCUGUUUGAAAUCAA